UUUGUGUAACAUGUUAUUCACUUCACUAAUCUCGGCAAUAUGGAAGUGAAAUGUAUGACAACUAAUACUCUAAACAACUAGGAAAUAAUUGAGUUUCUAUUUGAUUUAUCUCUUUAUUUGCUUACUGCAAUGACGACCCCUGGUCGCGGCCGCGGGUACACUGGGCGGCACCAUAUCCGCGACCCCAGACCCGGGGACACGGACCUGGCGGACUUGGACGCCGCCAGGACACUAGCAGAACUCAGCCCACGCUCCACAGAGUCCCGAGACAGAGAGAAGCCGGAGAAAGCGUCAGAGGUGGACCCGGAGAAGGAUAAAGAACAAGAAAAGUCAUUCACGAAUGAAGAGGACGCUCUGAAGGAAUUAUUGACAGUCGAUGAAGAGUAUGCACCUUUGGUGACAUUGCUAGAGCAGUUCUCGCCGGGUGAAGAUGGUAUACAGUUCAACAGAAAACUGAAGCAUUUUGAAGCGACAGUGACAAAAAUGUGUCCAGAUGAAGUCAGCUUACAGAAUGCGUUCGGCACAUUCCGCGCGGCAGCGCUGAGGCACCCGAACACGGCGCGGAAGCUGGCGGCCGUCGGCGCCAGCUUCACGCGGCAGCAGCGCCAGCAGGUGCUGCGGGCCACGCUCCUCAACGUCGUCAUGCAGGGCACAUUUUCCAAACUGGACGUAUUGGAGAGGGCCAACCCUAUAUUUUUAAUAAAUGCUGCCAACCUCAUGGGGGACUACUUUGCUGAGGCUCGUCUGUGCAAUGGGCACAAGGUUCAUAUCCUGGCGGGGCCACUGUUGCAGUACUUGAGAGCGUUGCUCGCUUCUGACGACCUCCGGGCGCACCGCAGUCUCGCCACACAGCUAAUGCAAAAUGGCCGAGAGCUCCUCUCACAGCACACGGCUCAGGAACUGGACGACCUGUCCAUCUCAAUACGUCUCCGUCUGCUCACACCGCCUCCGGUCAGCAUCAUAUGGCUGCUCCUGUCAGCAGAUCUGUGUUUGAACAAAUUUCUACCACUACCAAACACACUGCAACAAUUCUAUGCAUCACAUCUAGAGUUAACCACCGACGAGAACUACUCUGAAGUCAGCUACGGUUCAUGGAAGAAGAGUCCAGAGAAGGAGACCAAAUCUGAUAUUAGUAUAGAUAGUCUCACGGAGAAAGCCAGUCAGAAUCUCUCGCAGAUAAAUUUGAAUCAUGAGGACGAUGCUAAACCGAAGUUAAGACCGAUAUUAGGCGCUGGCGCAGGUUUGUUGCGACAAGAACAAGCGUUAUCGGUAGGUCAGGACAACUUCGAGACGUGGACAGCGAAGAAUACUCUCUCAAAAAGAUAUGACUUGAACUCUUGGAGGCAGACAGAAGAGGAGAAGGAGGAGCCGGAAGUCUUCAACCCCACAGUUUUGCCUCCAAAUUUUCCGACAGUUCCGGACUAUCCGCCACCAAACCUGUACUACCCUGAGAACGUAGGGAAUUACUUGCAGCAAGGAGAUGGAACAUAUAUACAGAAUCAGUACUCCACACCCCAAAACUUCACCCCACAAGGAGAUGCCUAUGUUCAUUACCAAAGUGAAAGGCCACCUAGUGUACCAGAUAGAAUUAACAAUGAAAUACAGAAGAACGCACAAAGAAGACCGGUAGAGAACUGGCGGAGAGAGAAGAGUGAUUUAAAAGAAGACCCCAACAGGAAUAGACAACGGAAUUGGAAUAAACACCAGUCCAAAGACAGUGUGAACGAUGAGGAGGACAAAGAGAAGUUCAAGGAUGGCGAGAAGUUCCCGAGGUCUGCGUCCCGGAAUUCCCGGGACUCCAGGGAUGCUCGGCCCGGCAAUCGAACGGCCCGGCGGAAUAGUGGCGAAAGUGAGGCCAAUUCGACAAGUGGAACUAAAACUCCGAUGCGGAGACACGUGACAGAUGUGCCGCGGAAUAACAAAUAUUGGGAUCACGACGACCGGUGCGACAAAGACUAUAAUAGUUAGUGAACUUCGUAGUCCCGUGGGAUUUUAUCGUUCACAAUUCAGGUGCCGACUUUUGGUGGCCUUUGGGAGACCGCUGUAAAAUUAUACUAAACACAUUUGUGUAUGUCGUUAAGGAAUUUGUUCUUGACAGCACUAUUUAUUGUAUUAAAGGUGAAUUCAUCAUUUGGUUAUGAAUAUUAAGUUGCUAGAAAAGGUAACUUUAUAUGUCUAAGGUUUAUAUGUCUAAAGCUGCGGCCAUAUUAUCGAAUGAAGGUAUGCCACGCGUAGUCACGAUAAAUAUUUCUCAACAAAGCAAUAUGUCUGUAACUUUAUUGUUUUAAAAUUUUGUAAGUACACAUAAUAUUUUAAUUAGUCGAAAAAUGUCUACUAGUUUCGGAAACAUUCCGUACUCUUAGUUUUGAUUACACUUAAAUUAAACCUGUAGUUGUUACAUUAAAAUAUAAAUGUAUUUAACUAUUGUUCUUUUUUUAAAAUUGUAUUCAUUCGAUAAUCGUUGCAAGUAACGGGAACCAGAAAUAAUCAGUUAAGUCGACCUCCAGGUCCUUAACCAUCGUGCUUGAUCCCUUAUGAAAUCGCCACGAUGGCAAACUGAUCUGACCUGCUUUGGCCAUUCGACAAUGUGACCGCAGCGUAAAAAAAUUCAGUCCACCGUCGGACAGUGUGAUAAUCCCAUAAAGGCACCCACCGGUCAAAUGUAACAUUAAGAUUAAAUUUACCUGGAUUUUUAUAGUAAAAUUUGCAAGUGCUAGCAAUAAGGUGAUCAUUUUAGUGCAAAGUGAAAGGUAACGCGUAGCUGUAUUUCAGAAGUAUGUGAACUACAUUAAAUAUUUAUAAUUUAACUGGUCCAUAGACUAAUUAUAUCUGUCCUUAGGGACUAACACAGCUUUGACAUUGUUUUUUUUUUUUCUAAAAGGGGGCGUAGUCAAGACAAGGUUGGGACUAACACAGCUUUGACAUUGUUCUUUUUUUAAAACGGGGUGUAGUCAAGACAUGGUUGGGACUAACACAGCUUUGACAUUGUUCUUUUUCUAAAAGGUGGCGUAGUCAAGACAAGGUUGGGACUAACACAGCUUUGACAUUGUUCUUUUUCUAAAAGGUGGCGUAGUCAAGACAAGGUUGGGACUAACACAGCUUUGACAUUGUUCUUUUUCUAAAAGGGGCCGAAGUCAAGACAAGGUUGAAAUGUAUGCUUAUAUGAUGAAGGUAAAAAAAAAUGCAUACAACUGGAAUACAACUGCAUUAUAUCUUUUUAGACUUAAAAUCAUUCGUUUCUCAAAAUUAUUAAUAAGUCUUAUAAUAUGUAUAUUCUCGAUAUAUGUGUGUAUAUUCUGAAUAUGUGGAAAUUAUGUGGAAAUAAUUUAAGAGUCCCAUCAAUUAUGCAUAAUACUGACAUUCACCAAAUGUUGAGGUCAAGGUCCGGAAUGUGGUCAAUUCAAGGAUUUGACCGGUCAAUGUUGAUAAUCGAAUCUCUAAUGGAAAUCACAAACUGAACCCCUUAUUCAUAAUAUCUUAAAACUGUCUACAAUACUACUUUAACUAUUACAGUUAUGUCACUUUCUUGCAACUUUUACCAACGACUUCGUCUGUGUCAGUGGGUUAUGUUAACUGACCCGUAUAAAAUGUAGCCUUAUAUCCUUUUCCAUCCCAUAUACCCAAUUUCAUAGUGAUUAAUUAAGCCGUUAAGGCGCUAUAACGUAACAAACAAACCCACUUUCACAUUAAUUUUGUUUGUUUUGAAAUAUUUAAUUAUAUAUAUAAUAUUAAUAAGGAGAUAUAUAGACAUCUUGUUUGGAUAGGACUAGAGGUUUUUUCCACUAAGAAACUCUUACAUUGACAUAUACUCCGGUCAUAUGGACGAAGUCGUAAGGAAAAACUAGUCAGUAAUAAAUAAGAUGAAACUUCAACGAGUCCCGUCAAAGUUCUUAACUGAACUAGACUAUAAUAGUCUAGUUCAGUUAAUGUUGACAUUAACUUGUUAUUUUGCGAAUUGACCGCACACCCCACUUUGACCGCAACCGUUUUGUACCAUGACAUAGUGACAGGGUAUUGCAAUAAGAAAAAAAAAAAGAAAUUACUUGAGCUGUUGUAAAAUAUAUUAUAAUAAAGUUGUACAAUCUAUACUUACGUUUUUAGCGAGAACAAUUUUGACGUUUAUUAGGCUGUAUGGGCCAUGCACUUUGCCUGUCUUAUUUAGACGAAUUAUAAAACAACAACAUGACGUGUGUGUAAAACCUUAACUUGUUCCACUAUAAGAACAAGGAAGGAUAAAAUAAAAACUGUAAAUCAUACGGUCGCCUCCUUUCUUUCUUAUGCAAAUAUAAUUAGUGAAAAGAGGACGAAAGAUACACCGUCAGUUGCUAUUUUUGUAUAUUUUCAUCCCGGUCGAUAAACAUAUGACUGUAUUGCAAGCGAAGUCGCAGUUAUAAGUUACUACAUUGUAAUUUAAUACAUUUCACAAAAUAUGUUUACUGUAAGCCAGUGAAUUUAUUUUUAAUUAAUUUACACUAUCUCAAGUAAUUUUUUAACAAUUAUUUACUGUGCUCGCCAAUUUUCAUUCAUAAAUUUAAUUAAAAAAAUAAUUAAAUAUCCGAUAAAAUAUUUUGUAAUCAUAAUAAUUUGCAUUUAAUUAAUUCUAAAUUAAUAGUUGUUUAAAAUUAUUCACCGCAAUUACAAUAUCAGUUUUAGUGAUUUGGCAAGCAUAUUAAAAAUAAAAUACUGGUAGACCCUUUAAUUAUUCCGAUUUCUGACAAGAGUGGAGAAGUUACAGAUUUGUAAUUCUCUUUGAAAUAUUUAAUUAAUUAUUAAUUAAUUAGAAAUUAUUAAUUAUUAAUUAACAUCGUAUCUGAAUAUUUUGACAUUGUAUGUACAUAUAUACAGUACAUUGCAUAGUGUAUUUUUAUUUUUUUUAUUUUUAAUGCUCACACGAUUAUUGGGGAGUCGUAACUUUAACCAGAACUAAGAAGGUUCGGUUCAGACCGAAUGGAACAUUUGACUAAAAACCUGUAUUGGAAAGGCCCAUAUAAAAUUUUCUAAACUUCUCCAUUCAUAAUCGCACUCUUAAAGCAAAAAUAGACCAAAAUGCACAAUUAGACCAUUGCAGAAGAAAAAAGUUACAAGGCACUGAGUUAUAACAAUGUAAUGCUCAGGAAUGGCAACGCAUGGGGGGUAUCAUGGGCGAAACAGUAUACUCUGUUAUGUCCAUGGUACUGCUCAUGUCUAUAGACGACGGUUACCACUUUCCAUCAGGUGGGCCGUCAGCUUGUUUGCCAUUCCAUUAUAUUUUAACGUAAUACGCGUAAUUGGAUCGAGAGAUUGACUAGUUUGGGGACCAUUUCAGCCCACACCUCGCGCUCAAUCAGCCGAGGCGCGCAUUCACAGCCGCCCAUGAUUAAGGAUCACGAAUCGGUCGUGAAACUAGUCGAGCUCUCUCCAUCUAAUUACACGUAAGUUAAACCGGUAUUUGUAAAAUUAAAAUAUAAUGCGUGCUUACGAAAUUUUUAAUAGUAAAUUCUAAGUUGUUAGAAAACCAAAAAUAUCGACCCAUUAUUUUUUACCUAUAUUCACAAAAAGCAAUAUAAAUAUCGAAAAUAGGUUUUAAAAAAAAUAUUUGACGUUUUUAUGAAUAAACAAUUUUUUGAACCUUGCCUUGAUGAUUACGUCAUUAAAACACUUUUUUUUUGUAAAUUUCUAUUUUGGGUCUAUAUUUACUGAAGAUGCGACACUAAGUUCUGUACAUAUAUGUAAUCUUAGAUUAUAUAGAUAGAGUGUCUCCAUACAAAUGCUUCGAGAAAAACGGCUCAACUUUUUCAUACAAUUUUGCGUGAUAAAUAGUUACGAGUGUUUCCUUUAUAUCUUAUAUUCGCAUAUGGGGUCAGCUAAGCUGUUGCACGUCGACCCGUCGGGAUCUUUUGUACUUCCCCCUGCCUUAUACAAUGUUUCCUUUAUAACUUCUAUAUUUAUUUUGUCUUAUAAUUUCUGCAUCUUUCUAAUGUGUAAACACUCAUUUUGUUUAUUAAACAAUACGUCAAGAUACAUUGUGUGCGUAAGUAUAUAGAACACUGAUACAACAAACGAGUCAGCUAAUUUGACAAUUAGCUGACGAUCAGUUGACACGUUUUUGAGGCUCGACGCUCUAUCUAUAUAAUGUAAGUAUGUAACAUAACCCACCAUGAUUAAUUUGUAUACAAAUGUGUAUGUAUGUAUUUGAAAUUGAAAUAUAUACCAUACAUACCCUGGAGAAAAAUCUUUCCCAUAUAUAUAUAUAAUAAUAAUAAUGUAGUUUUAUUAAAUCAUAGUUUUUGCUCAA